AUGAGUGCAACUGAGGCCACUGAACAAGUUAAAAACUUGUCAGUCAAGGAUAACAAGAAACAAAACAAGAACAACAAGCAAGGUAAGCAAGCCUUAUACAUGGAUCCAGAACCUCAAUUUAUUGAUGAAAGAAUUCAACUUUUUGAAAAAUUACAAAAGGAGUACAACGAUAAAUGUGCUGCUGCUCCACGUAACAAGUUGAACAUCAUCCUAAAGGAUGGCGCCGUUAAGGAAGCUAAGUCAUUUGAAACUACUCCUUUAGAUAUUGCUAAGGAUAUCUCCAAGUCUCUUGCUGAUAGACUAUGUAUCGCUAAGGUUAAUGGUAAACUAUGGGAUCUUGACAGACCAUUUGAAGGUGAAGAAAAUGAAGAUAUUAAGUUACAAUUAUUAGAUUUUGAAUCUGAAGAUGGUAAGAAAGUCUUCUGGCAUUCUUCUGCCCAUGUUCUAGGUGAAGCCUGUGAAUGUAAUUUGGGUGCUCAUAUCUGUUUAGGUCCACCAACUGAUGAUGGUUUCUUUUAUGAAUUUUCUACUAGAGAUUCUUUGAAAGAAAUCACCGAAGAAGAUAAAGCUAAUGAAAGAACAAUUUCUCAAGCUGAUUUCCCAGCUUUGGAAUCUGUUGCUAAGAAUGUCAUUAAGGAUAAACAAAAGUUCGAAAGAUUAGUUAUGUCAAAGGAAGAUUUGUUGAAGAUGUUCCAUUACUCUAAGUAUAAGACUUACUUGGUUCAAACUAAGAUCCCAGAUGGUGGUGCUACUACUGUCUACCGUUGUGGUAAGCUGAUUGAUUUAUGUGUUGGUCCUCAUAUUCCAAACACUAACCGUAUUAAGGCCUUCAAGUUACUAAAAGCUUCCUCCUGUUACUUUUUAGGUGAUGCUGAAAAUGAUUCUUUACAAAGAGUCUACGGUGUUUCUUUCCCAGAUAAGAAGUUGAUGACCGCUCAUUUACAAUUCUUAGAAGAAGCUAAGAAGAGAGAUCAUAGAAGAAUAGGUAAAGAACAAGAAUUGUUCAUGUUUAAUGAAAUGUCUCCAGGUUCUGCUUUCUGGUUACCUCACGGUACUAGAAUCUACAACACUCUUGUGGAAUUAAUGAGAACUCAAUACCAUAAGAGAGGUUACGAAGAGGUUAUUACUCCAAACAUGUACAACUCCAAGCUAUGGGAAACUUCUGGUCAUUGGGCUAACUAUAAGGAAAAUAUGUUUUCCUUUGAAGUUGAAAAGGAAACUUACGGUUUGAAACCAAUGAAUUGUCCAGGUCACUGUCUGAUGUUCAAGUCUAGAGAACGUUCUUACAGAGAAUUACCAUGGAGGGUUGCUGAUUUCGGUGUCAUUCACAGAAAUGAAUUUUCUGGUGCUUUAUCUGGUUUGACUCGUGUUAGAAGAUUCCAACAAGAUGAUGCCCAUAUCUUCUGUACUCAAGAUCAAAUUGAAACUGAAAUUGAAAACAUCUUUGAUUUCUUGAAGUACGUUUACGGUGUCUUUGGUUUCGAAUUCAAGAUGGAAUUAUCCACUAGACCAGAAAAGUAUGUUGGUGAAAUUAAAACUUGGGAUGCUGCUGAAGCUAAGCUUGAAUCUGCUCUUGUUAAAUGGGGUGGUGACUGGGAAAUCAACGAAGGUGAUGGUGCUUUCUACGGUCCAAAGAUAGAUAUCAUGAUUUCUGAUGCUCUAAGAAGAUGGCAUCAAUGUGCCACCAUCCAAUUGGAUUUCCAACUUCCAAACAGAUUCGAAUUGGAAUUCAAGGCCAAGGAUAACAAGACCAACGGCGAAGAAGCUGCCGUCGAAGCCUACGACAGACCUGUUAUGAUCCAUCGUGCUAUCCUAGGUUCUGUGGAAAGAAUGACUGCUAUCUUAACUGAACAUUUCGCUGGUAAAUGGCCAUUCUGGUUAUCUCCACGUCAAGUCUUAGUUGUCCCAGUUGGUGUUAAGUACCAAGACUAUGCCCAAGAAGUCCGUGACAAAUUACAUAACGCUGGUUUCUACGCUGAUGUUGAUUUAACUGGUAACACUUUACAAAAGAAGGUUAGAAACGGUCAAAUGUUGAAGUAUAACUUCAUUUUCAUUGUUGGUGAACAAGAAAUGACUGAAAACUCUGUCAACAUUAGAAACAGAGAUGUUAUGGAACAACAAGGUAAGAACGCCACUGUUGAUGUCGAAACUGUCAUCAAGCAAUUGUCCAACUUGAAAGAAGAAAAGAGAAACGAUAACACCUUGAUCUAA